AAAACUUGGAAAGGAAAGAAAAAAAGGAAGGGAGAAAUCACAGUUCCCAAGUCGAAACUCUGUAAGUAGAUAGAGAGACUAAGCGACCUUAAUCGUGUUCUAGACAGAAGUAAAGCCAGCCAAAAUCUUUAACCGUCUAUCUUCAUCAUCCAUCAGGUUUUCUUAAAAGUAGUAACUUCCAGAAAAAGAAACCAAGGAAAUUUGACCUUCAGCAAGAAAAGGUUUACAUUUCAAUUUCAAAUUUUCAGAAAGAACUGAGAUGGAAGAUACGUCUGAAUCUGUUGCUUCUGCUGCUGAAGUGCACAAAAAGGUUGUAAAGGAGGAAAUCCAUCUGAAAGUCAAGAGUAAGGAUAAAGAACCAAAUGACGAGAAGGGAGAGAAGACUGUGUUGGAAGUUGAAUCGAAGACUAAAUCGGUAGAAAAGGAGAAGCAUGAAGAGAAAGUUGAGGAGAAAUCAGAGAAAAAGGAGAAACAUAAGAAGAAGAAGGAUGAAGAUGAGGAGAAGGACAAGAAAAUGAAAGAGAAGGACAAGAAGAAGAAAGGAAAGGAGGGUGAGGAUAGCGUAUGUGAAAAGUCAGAGGUGCACAAAGAAGCCGGAGAAGCUAAGAAAAAGGAAGAGAAAAAGAAUAAUAAAGAAAAGGAAAAAGAGGACAACAAGAAGAAGAAAGACGAUGAGGUUUCAGGGGAUAAUCAGGAGGAUAAGAAAGUGGAGAAAGAAGAGAAAGUGAAAGAAAAAGAAGAGAAGAAGAAGAAAAAGAAAGAUCAUGAGGUUUCAGGGGAUAAUCAGGAGGAUAAGAAAGUGGAGAAAGAAGAGAAAGGGAAAGAUAAAGAAGAGAAGAAGAAGAAAAAGAAAGAUCAUGAGGUUUCAGGGGAUAAUCAGGAGGAUAAGAAAGUGGAGAAAGAAGAGAAAGUGAAAGAAAAAGAAGAGAAGAAGAAGAAAAAGAAAGAUCAUGAGGUUUCAGGGGAUGAACAGGAGGAUAAGAAAGAGGGAAAAAAGAAAGAUAAAAAAGAGAAGAAGAAAGGCAAGGAUAAAGAUUCGAAGGAUACAAAAAAAGUGGUUGAGGAGUGCAAAGACAGAGGUUUGAGUGCUGAGGUGGAGGAGGAGGAGAAAGAAAAACAAGAGAAGAAAGGAAAAGAAAAGAAGGUCAAAGAUAAAGAGAAGAAGGUUGAUGAAGAAUCUGAGGAAGAAACAGAAAAGGACAAGGGAGUUAAAGGAGGGGAACUGAAGGCAAAGAAGAAAGAUAAGAAGAAAGAGAAGGAGAAAAAAGAGAAGGGCAAAGAUGAAAUUGAGGAGGAAGAAGAUGAAGGGAAAGAAGAAAACAAGAAGAAAAAGAACAAAGAUAAGGAGAUGAAAGAGAAGAAGCACAAGGAUGAAGCAGACGAUGAAAUAAAAUAUGGAGAUGAAGAGAAAGAAGAGAAGAAGAAGAAGAAGAAAGAGAAAAAGGACAAGGAAGAUAAAAUGCAGAAGGAACGUAAGGCUGAAGCUACUCAGUCAAAGUGCGAGGCUGGGGUUACCACCAGGGAGAUAGGAAUAAAUGAUGAGUUACCAGUGGAAGAAGAGAAGAAGCAGAAAGAUAAGUCAAAAGAAGGUAAGGAGAAAAAGAAAGAGGAGAAGAGUAAUAAGAAAAGAAAAUCUAGUGAGAAGGGCAAGAGCAAGGGCAUUGACAAGCUGAAACAGAAGUUAGAGAAGAUUAAUGAAAGAAUAGAAGCUGUUCUUGAGGAAAAAGAGGACAUUUUGAGGCAGAUAAAAGAAGCUGAGAGUGGGAGCAGCUCUGUCCCUGAGAAGGAAAAAGAUGCCCCAAAGGCUGACGUGGAAUAAUCCCAUUUGGUGGAUCCUUUACACUGGAUUAUAAUAUAAAUGCAGUUUUGUGCGAGUAUGAUCCCUUUUCCCAUUGUAAUCAUAUGUAUUUUUCUAUACAUCUAUGGAUUUAACGAAUAACUUCUUUGAUGAAUAAAACUUCUACACAGUUUUGCUUUUGUUCCAUUGCC